CCCCUCCCCCUCCCCCCACCAUGCCCAUCACGGUCAUCCCCAUUCCAGUGGUGUCCUCCACUCCACCCGCUCUACCCCCGCCCCCCACCACAGCUCUCAGCCCGUCGGCAGCACCCCCCCUCACACCACCCAGAAAAGACACCCACUCGCUGCCAAACCAGCAGGCACUGCACCAGCGCCCCCUCAUCUCGUCUCAGGUGAAGCCAGAGCCCACAUCACUGUCUCAGUCCAAUGGCACUAAACCAGCCCAGCAGCUCCAGACCUACCCGGGCCCCAUCGUCACAGCUUCCCAGCAUGCACUUCUCCCUCAGCCUGGACCUCCUUCAGUCCAAUCCAGCCCUGUGGUUAGAGGCAGUCCGCCUGAUGACCACCGUAAUUUGGACGGCAAGAAGAGAUCUGGAGGGGCAGGAACGAGAGAAGUGCACAAUAAGCUUGAAAAAAACAGACGUGCUCACUUAAAGGAGUGUUUUGAGACCCUGAAGAAGAACAUCCCUAAUGUUGAUGAAAAGAAGACCUCCAAUCUGAGUGUUCUGCGAAGUGCUUUGAGAUACAUUCAGACUCUGAAAAGGAAGGAGAAGGACUACGAGCAUGAGAUGGAGCGUUUGGCGCGGGAGAAGAUCGCCUUGCAGCAGAGACUGGCCGAGCUCAAGAACGAGCUGAGUCAGCGGUUGGACGUGAUUGAGAUCGACCGUGUUCUUCGACAGACUGUCCAGCCAGAUGAUGACCAGGCCUCUACCUCCACUGCCUCAGAAGGUGAAGACAACAUUGAUGAAGAUAUCGAAGACGAGACGCCCAGCGCUUUACCCAAAGUGCCUGCUGUGCUUCAGCCAGAUUUAAAGAAGUCCCGUCCUGUGUCAUCCCUCAUAACACAGCACAUCCCCAUCCCUCACAAACCGUCAAAGACUUUACCCCCCAUUCCCUCAGCUCAACUCUCCCCCAUCGCUGCCGCCGCUCCAAUCACAGCUCCCGCUCUGACCUCAACCCCAGCAUCCGCUCCUGCCGCCCCGGUGGUGACCCCACAGACACUACCUCCAGCCCAGACCCAUAUAGUGACCACGGCCAGCCUGCAGCCUUCCGUCAUCGCCCACGCGGGAUCGGCGUCACACGCCUCCGUCAUUCAAGCCGUCAACCGUGUGAUCCAGCCGGGCUCCAAGCACGUGGCCCACAUCGCUCCUUCCUCCUCGAGCUCGGUGCAGCUGGCCCCAGGACCUCAAUCCAUUAGCCAAAUCACUGUCGCCCAUCUUCCGGCAAUCUACCCACAGCCCGUCACAGUCACACAGCCGACGGUCAUGAGCCGCAUCGCGCAAACGCUCUCUCACAGCCAGAUGAACGGCACUUCGGCGACCAACGUGCAAGCCAAGCAAACACCGGUGGGUGCUCAGAUGGUUACCCAUCACCCUCAACUGGUGGGCCAGACCGUCCUCAACCCAGUUACAAUGGUGACCAUGCCCUCCUUCCCAGUCAGCACGCUAAAGCUGGCCUGAAGCUCUGACAUAGGGACCCCCAGAUAGAGUAUAGACACUUAUAGACCGGUCUGCCCCGUUUGAGACUGCUGCCACAUGCAGUACUGCAUUCAAACGAACUAUAAAGCUAAAGGACUCAGUACAUUCCAAAUGAAAAGAAAGUAUAUAAACACGACGCAAAGAAAUUUAUUGAAUGUCUACUAUAUAAUGAUAUAUAAUAAAAGACAAAAAGAGAUGUUUUAUUUUUAUGUGUGGGCAAAGGCAAAGUGUGUUUUCUCUAGGUGCUUGUGUGCUGCUCAGUGUGUUUUAGGCUCUAUGGAGUGUAUUAUGAUGAAACUGUGGUGCGAUCUCAGCCUAGAUUGACUCUCAGCCAGCCUGAUAUGUGUGACUACUAGUUUAAAUGACUUAAUGAAAAGGCAGCCCCCAUAAUACCUCACACUAACUCCUCAACUAACAGCACACCUCAUGUGAAUACUCUUCUCAGCUCCCGCUAGACCAGGUUUAAUGUACUGUGUCGAAUCCUGAACCAGUUCUUGAAGUCCCUACAGUUCUUAAAGAGAGAGGUUG